AUGUCUACCUCAGAUGCCACAGUCAACACCACCACGGGUAACCACCCUGUGGACCCUUAUAAGGCACAGAACUUCGAGGACCCUCCUCUGCCCCAGAAGAUCGAGGAAUUAGCCAGCUUCAUUUCUCAAGUGAAGUUUGGCAUGUUGACCACCAAGCAAUCAGAGGGUGAUUACCUGGCCUCGCGUUGCAUGGCCCUCGCCGCACAGGAACACGGCGGCAUUGACUUGAUCUUCCACACCAACCUCUUCUCUGGCAAGACUAUGGAUCUCACCGUGCACCCACAAGAGACCAACAUGUCCUUCCUCGACCCCGUCAGUGGCGCCUGGGCUUCCAUCUCGGGUACUGCAUCCGUCAUCGGCGAUCGUGCUACUGUGGAGAAGUACUACUCCCCCACACUCAAGGCGUGGAUUGGAGACAUGGGCGAUGGUGUCCAUGAUGGCGGUCCUUCAGACCCCCGAAUUGGCGUGAUCAAGCUCGAAGCUAAGCUUGCGACUCACGUCGUUGCCACCAAGGGUCUGCUCGGCCGCGCCGUUGACACCGUCAAGGGUGCCGUGCAAGGCAAUGUGCCUUCGAUCAAUGGCAUUCGGGAACUGACCAAGGAGGAACUAGCUGAGUGGCGCCGGACGCACCAGGAAUAA